CUAUGUGUUAACCUCAAACUUUCUGUAUUUAACCAUUGGUGAAAUGCAUUUUUUACAAUUGUUUCCAAAAAAUAUGAUAGAGAAUAAAAUGAUUCAUCUAGUUACAAAACUCUCAAAACAUGAACGUAUUACUAAAAUUGCCCGGAAAUUACAUACAGUUAAUGGAAAUCAAAACAAGGAAAGUCAUUUUGUGACUGUUUAUAAAUUUCCAUAUAUAAGGCCUUUGGCUGCAGUUAAUAGAUUGAAAAUACUGCAAACAGUUUUGACCGGUGUUAGUAUACCAUGCACAUUGUCAUUAAAUUUGAUGAACUUUGUUAGUUUUGAAGCUGUGCAAGUCGUUUCUGCAUUAGGAAUAUCUGGAUGUGUAACUUUUUAUAGCUUGGGAUUUGUUACAAGGAAAUUUGUAGGAUUCAUCUAUUAUAAUGAAGAAAAAAACCUAGUCAAAGUUGCAUAUAUUGACUUUUGGGGUAAAAGACAAGAUAUUGUAAUACCAUCAGCAGAUAUUAUACCCAGAGAAGAAAUACCCAGAUCAAUAACUGAUAUGAUUUAUACAAAAUUAAGAAGAUAUUCAACAGAUGAAUAUUUGAAAUAUAAUAUUAGAUUUGCUAAUAUUGUCGAUCAAAAAAUAUUUGAUAAAAUACUUUAAAUAGCAUUGAAUUAUUUGCCCUUAGAAGGUUUAUAUGAUUUUGUAGUUGAAAAAUCUGAUCUUUUAUAUUUAGAUGUAAACUUUGGGAAAUAAUCUCUUGAAGUGAUUAAAAAUAACAGAAAUGAGACAUAA